AUGAUCUGUUCGAGCUGUCGGCGGACGUUUCUCACCCGCAUUCGCGCCCUCACCCCCAACACCAAUGUUUCUCUCUCUUCUAUCGGCGGCUUGCGCUCUGCGUCGACAGUCCCUGUUACUCCGAAUGCCGCUCCCGUGCCAGCUCCUGCGGCCAUCUCGAUAGACGGACCCAAUCCCACUCAAUCCUCAAACACAUCGGGAAUCUCCCAGCCUCUUUCCGAACCGCACACUCCCUCGACAUCGACGGCGAAAACCUCGGGCCCAAUCUCGACCAAAGACUCAAAGGCCCCGGCAAAGCUAAAGAGUUCGAUACCGGGAGGCAAGGAGCUACGCGGUCUGGGCUACACAAAAGCAAAGCCGAAAGUAAUGGCGAUGGAGGACGACGAGUAUCCUGAGUGGCUGUGGAAGCUGCUGGAUGAGAAAAGAUUGGGAACUGAUGCGGAAAAGGUCGAUCUAGCAGCAAUGACCAAAAAGCAGCGCCUACGCUACGAGAAGAAGCAGGAACGUCUCCUGAAAGACCUACCCAAGGUGAUCCCCGUCCACGAACAAAGCAAAGACCUGACAGGUCCUGGCGACGAUGCUGUGAUAAGUUUACAGCGCCGGCAAGAGGUCACCAGGAGCGCAAGGUCUGCGAGGCGGAGGAGCAUCCGGGAAAGCAAUUUCUUGAAGUCAAUGUAG